UCUUCUUUAGAGUUAGCUUCCAUUUUUCUUGUUCAGUGGCUUCACUAGUUUGUUGUUUUGGCCAUAUUUUUCAAUUGAGGCGGUCUCCUUUUUCUCUAUAGCUAAUUUCUCUCUUGUUAUAUUUUAGAAAAUUAAUUUCAAAUAAGAUGAAUUGCUAUUUUAGUUUUUAUAUGGUUUUACAAUUUAAAAAUGUUUCAAAAUUAUAUUUAUUUUUUAUACUAUGAACAACAUUCUGACCGUACCUGUAAUCACAACGCAUAUGUUUUAACUUCAAACCAAACAAAAUAGUGGGUUCGGUACAAUAGGGGGAAAAAACCAACAAACAGCGACAUAGUCAUGAUAACAUUUAAGUUAGGGCUCAGUUUCAAAAAUUAUGUCAUAAAAUGACACUCUUAGUGUCUCCUAUUAUAUAAUCGUUCAUGGUUUUGUGAUAAGUUCAAUUCUCAAGGAUCACCCAACCAUCAGAGAAAGCACACCUUCGCCAGUUUUGGUGCCAUAUUAAAUUUAACGCAUCAAAAUGCUAUAUUUAUGGUUAAAAUUUUACUAACUUGUAAAGCGUACAUCCCCUAACCGCACUAUAGAGGUCCUAGUAGAUGUCAUGCAUACAAUAUCAAUGGAAAGUGAGCAUUAGUGGGCAAAACUGACUAUGUUCUCUUUUGAGGGUGCGUGAGCGAAGAAAGUACCCAAGUAUUAUCAUGCUCCUUACUCGAAUGAGGGAUGCCAAAGGCAAGUGGUUGAGUGUAUAAGGCUUAUUCCAAAGUAAGAGCACAAUGUCUUACUCGAAACUCAAGAUAAGACAUGGACGUCUUCAAGUGAUAUGAUCCUAAGUGAGAUGCAUUGUUGGUUCGAUACUUGGUCCUCAGAUGUCUUUCACUACUAUACUGUGGUUCUCAUGAGUUUGGUCUAGUCCAGACCGUAUUGUUGCACACCCUUAGAUCAAUCCACGCAAGCAAUUACCAAAAAGUAAAUGUUAAAAUAAUCAUGAUAAAGAUUUGAUUCAAUGCAUUUAAGAGACAAAUAAAUUAAGCCUAUGAAAGGUAAGAAACAAUUUGGAAACAAUUAAUAUAUAAUUUGGAGAUAUCUCAACUUUUUUAGGUCCAACUAUCCUAGCAAUUACCGACGACCAAAUGAUUACAAAAUCACAUUAUACAUUUGAUUCAUUUUGGAGAACUAAGAAAUUAACUUGCACUAUAAUCCGUAGUUGGAUUCACAUAAGCUGAACUCUAUUUUUAGUAAAUAAAUUUGUGAUAAAAUUGGUGUAUGUGUGGUAUAGACUAGAGACUGAGUUGUCACAGUUACAAAUAGUUAGGUAAAACUAAUUGUGAUUAUACAUAAUUUAGUUUUAGCCUAUUAUAGAUAGUGCAUAUAAAGGAUAUUAUAAUGGCAUAGUAACAAACUUACUAAAUACUUUAGACUAAAUCAUCCGUGACAUUCGACAAGUUUGUUAUAAUCUCCUAUAUAAGAGCAAAAUCUAAUGAACAUUCAAAUCAUAUAAUCUUAUAUCUGUUAUAGUUUCCACACACAUACGAAGGAAUACCUUAUUAUCCACUACACCAACUUCACACCUUGGAAAUGAGGAAUCUGCUUCAAUUUACGACAAUUGUUUUCAUGGUUUGCAUGUGCAUUGCAGGGAGGGCGGAGAGCUAUAUGUUGAAUUAUGCAGAGCACUUCUGCAGCCCCCUUGCGAUUGGUAAAAAUACUCCGUUAGGCAAGCUGAGACAACACAUCCUUGAGUACGUGGUUCAAGAUAAAUUUCAUCCUGGAUUUCGAAGACAUCAUGUUACAUGUACGAAACGGACUGAGGACGGAUACACAAUGUGGGCCCGAGCUCAAUGCGGUGAACCACACACCAUGAAUUGCCUUAAAUGUCUUGUAGGUGGUAUCAUCUACUUAGACAAAAAUUGCUUGUGGUUCAGCGGUGGACGUGUUAAAGAAGAUAUGGGGUAUUGUGCCCUACAAUUUGCUGAUUAUGAUAUUUGUGCUCAGUAAUUAUAGGUAGAUUAUAAGUAUCUACCUAAUAAUCAAUUUAUGGUUACAGAUUAGGGAGAAUAAUUUUAUCUGAUUGUACUUAGUUAGUGCACGGUGUUAGCCAUUUAGACAUAAAUCCAACUUCUGUGGUGUAUCGUCGUUAAUAUUUCGCAUGUUACAAGAAAUUAAUGAGUCGUAUGCAAUUUUUCAGACUUGUAAUCUCUGUCCUAGCUCCACGUCUGGAAGCUAAUUUGUUGGAGCUUGAAAUUCCAUUAAUUUUUAAAAUAAAUUAAUGAUAGUGUUACUUUUUUUAGUUCUUACAUUUUUUCAAUGUCGACAGUUAAAAUAAAUUACUAUAACUGGUAUUAGUUUUCAUACCUCUCUCUGUUCUUAAAAAAGCUACCAUGGAAGCUAAUUUGGGAUCAAUGCCCUUUAUUCUACCUUCUUUAAGAGUGAUCGCACAUCUUGCCUUAUAACGAUCUGGCUUUAUAACUGAUUAUGCCUUGAUUUUAGACCUCCUAUGGGAUAUUAUUGAAUCCGAAUCUCUAGAAUUAUUAUGAUUUUAAACUUCCACUGAAAUAAAAAUUAUUCAUGCGGUUAUGUCCAAAUGAUUGUAUUGCCCACAGUCAUCAACCUUGAUUUUUCAUUUUUGUGUCUCUGGUUGCUCGCCUGGCCUUAUGGCUUGCACUUUGCUCAUGCAUAUUUAUGUUGUUGGGAAUGGGUACUUCCAGCAUGGUGUCUUCGAUCCAUUAAUUGUGGAGCAUAACUUUUGAAGCCUUCAAUGACAGUCUAAGGUUACAACAUAACUUCUUAGCCCCCAGAACACCUUAACAAAAUGGGGUUAUUGAAAGGAAAAAUAGAACUCUAUAUUCUUCCUGCUCCAAGAAUAUAACCAACCUCAAAAUCUGUGGACAGAAGCAGUUAAUACUGCAUGCUACAUAACUAAUAGAGGUUGGCUAGUUUUUGGAUCUAUGUGGGUCUUUAGGAAAAAAUAUUAUGAAAUAGGAAACAUGAGUAGGAGCAAAGCUCAUUUAGUUUCCAAGGGCUAUGAUCAAGAAGGAAUAUAAUUUGAAGAAACCAUUGCACCAGUAGUCAGGAUAGAAACAAUUAGGUUACUCUGUCCAUUUGCUAGAACAAAUAAAAUCAAGCUAUAUCAAAUGGAUGUCAAAAGUGCAUUUUUAAUUGGCUUUCUAAAUGAAGAUGUAUAUGUAGAAUUACCUCCUAGUUUUGAAAAUCAUUUCUCUCCUUAACAUGUUUACAAACUUAAAAAGACUUUGUAUGGACUGAAACAAGCUCCUAGGUUCUAGUAUGAGAGACAAGUACUUUCAUAUUAGAGAAUAUCUGCACCAGGGGCUACAUUGAUACAACUCUUUCUUAAGCAUUCUUCAUUCGGUCUCCUCAUUGUUCAAAUUUACAUGGACGACAUAGUAUUUGGGGCCACAUAUAACAACAUAUGGCUGAAUUCUGUGAUCUCAUUCAAAGUACCUUUGAAAUGAGUAUGAUGGAAGAACUAAAUUUUUUUCUAGAUCUCCAAAUCCAUCAAACUCCAACCGUGAUUUUGAUACAUCAAAUCAAUGUUAUUUGAGGGAGAAAGGUCAAUCUUGCCUCACUAAUGUGUGUUCACAUGACCAAUAUUACUCCCUGCAAAGAUUUCUACGACACUGCUCUUCCCUAUGCCAUCCUUAUCACCCAGUUCUUUAUUGAGAUUGGGUGUGAUCUUGAUGGAUACUCUAUUGGUCAUAAGUGUGUUUCUGACUAUGUUCCCAAGAUUCUUGCGCCCAAAAGUACCUAUCACAGUCUUGGGGAUCCUAGCCACGAAGGGGGAGAAUGAGAAUGAGGCUAGCUUAAGAAUAAGUUAACAUGUUAAGG